AGCUAAUGGAAAAAAAGCAGGCAGUGGAAGGGAGAACUUUCUGUUGUCAUGCUGAAGAGUGCUUUAAAGAAGAUUGUCAUUUGCAAUUCUGUUGUCAGCAAUGAAGGAUUCCAAAUGCAGCUGAACCCAGAAUUCUGACCGUGAAUGACAUGAAUUACAUAGCAUCCAGUGGACUUCUAUUCAAAGAUGGCAAAAAACGGAUUGAUUACAUCCUGGUUUACAGGAAGUCAAAUAUACAAUAUGACAAAAGAAACACAUUUGAAAAGAACCUCAGAGCAGAAGGCCUGAUGUUGGAAAAGGAGCCAGCUGUCGCAAACCCUGAUAUCAUGUUUAUUAAAAUUCAUAUUCCAUGGGACACACUGUGCAAGUAUGCGGAAAGGCUAAAUAUCAGGAUGCCCUUCAGGAAAAAAUGCUAUUACACUGACCGGAGGAACAAAUCAAUGGGCAGUGUACAAAAUUAUUUUAGGAGAAUAAAAAAAUGGAUGUCCCAAAACCCAAUGGUUCUUGACAAGUCAGCUUUUCCAAACCUGCAGGAGUCAGACUGCUAUACUGGCCCCUUCAGCCGUGCACGGAUUCACCACUUCAUAAUAAACAACAAGGACACAUUCUUCAGCAAUGCUACUCGAAGCAGGAUAGUCUAUCACAUGCUACAGCACACGAAAUAUGAAAAUGGAAUAUCAAAAGUGGGUAUCUGUAAACUUAUAAACAAUGGCUCAUACAUAGCAGCUUUUCCCCCUCAUGAGGGAGCCUACAAAAGUAGCCAGCCCAUCAAAACGCAUGGACCUCAGAAUAACAGACAUCUAUUAUAUGAGCGCUGGGCACGCUGGGGAAUGUGGUAUAAGCAUCAGCCCCUGGAUUUAAUCAGACUCUACUUCGGUGAGAAGAUUGGGCUAUACUUUGCUUGGCUGGGAUGGUAUACUGGAAUGCUGAUUCCUGCAGCACUGGUUGGCUUGUGUGUGUUUUUCUAUGGAAUAUUUACAAUGAAUGGAAGUCAAGUAAGCCAAGAAAUUUGCAAGGCCACUGAAGUCUUCAUGUGCCCUCUCUGUGACAAGAACUGUUCACUGCAGAGACUCAACGAAAGCUGUAUCUACGCCAAGGUGACAUAUUUGUUUGAUAAUGGAGGGACGGUCUUCUUUGCUAUUUUUAUGGCAAUAUGGGCCACAGUCUUCUUGGAGUUUUGGAAAAGGAGAAGAAGUACACUGACCUAUACUUGGGACCUUAUUGAAUGGGAAGAAGAGGAGGAAACACUUCGUCCCCAGUUUGAAGCCAAGUAUUACAAGAUGGAGAGAGUGAAUCCCAUCAGUGGAAAACCUGAGCCACAUCAGCCUUCCUCAGACAAAAUCACUCGUCUUCUUGUUUCUAUCUCAGGAAUAUUCUUCAUGAUUUCUUUGGUGAUCACUGCAGUGUUUGCUGUUGUGGUGUAUCGCCUAGUUGUCAUGGAACAGUUUGCAUCAUUCAAGUGGAAUUUCAUCAAACAACACUGGCAGUUUGCAACAUCAGCUGCUGCUGUCUGUAUCAAUUUUGUAAUCAUUAUGGCCCUGAAUCUUGCUUAUGAAAAAAUUGCUUACCUUCUCACCAACUUAGAAUAUCCUCGAACAGAAUCCGAGUGGGAAAACAGCUUUGCUCUGAAGAUGUUCCUCUUCCAGUUUGUUAAUUUAAAUAGUUCAAUCUUCUAUAUUGCUUUCUUUUUGGGGAGAUUUGUAGGCCACCCAGGAAAUUACAAUAAACUCUUUAACCGGUGGAGACUGGAGGAAUGUCAUCCCAGUGGCUGUUUGAUAGACCUCUGCCUCCAGAUGGGUGUUAUCAUGUUUUUGAAGCAAAUAUGGAACAACUUCAUGGAACUGGGAUACCCGCUGAUCCAGAACUGGUGGUCACGACAUAAAAUCAAGCGGGGAAUACAAGAUGCGUCCAUACCUCAGUGGGAAAAUGAUUGGAACCUGCAGCCCAUGAAUAUUCAUGGACUGAUGGAUGAAUAUUUAGAAAUGGUCUUGCAGUUUGGUUUUACCACCAUCUUUGUGGCAGCUUUUCCUCUGGCCCCUCUUUUGGCUUUGUUAAACAAUAUCAUUGAGAUCAGGCUGGAUGCAUACAAAUUUGUCACCCAGUGGCGGAGGCCUCUGCCAGCUCGAGCAACUGACAUAGGAAUCUGGUAUGGCAUUCUUGAAGGAAUCGGUAUAUUGGCUGUGAUCACCAAUGCAUUUGUAAUUGCUAUUACAUCUGAUUACAUCCCACGUUUUGUCUAUGAAUACAAAUACGGCCCCUGUGCAAGUCGUUUUGAAUAUGGUGAAAAUUGUUUAAAGGGAUAUGUCAACAAUAGCCUAUCCUUCUUUGACCUGAGUGAGCUUGGUAUGGGAAAAUCUGGUUAUUGCAGGUACCGAGACUACAGAGGUCCCCCUUGGAGUUCCAAACCCUACGAGUUCACCUUACAAUACUGGCAUAUCCUUGCUGCUCGACUGGCCUUCAUUAUCGUGUUUGAGCACCUUGUUUUUGGGAUCAAGUCGUUCAUCGCAUACCUGAUUCCAGAUGUACCAAAGAACCUGUAUGACCGAAUACGACGGGAGAAGUACUUAGUCCAAGAGAUGAUGUACGAGGCAGAACUAGAACAUUUGCAACAACAGCGGAGAAAAAGUGGUCAUCCGGUUCACCAUGAAUGGCCUUAGUUGAUUCCUGUUGCCCACAGGGGCAAUAGCAUUAGUGGGAAUGACAACAAUUUUAAAUUCUAGGUGGGAUCCAGGAGGAAGGCAUACCUGGCAAACCACAUGUAUGAUAUGUUACUUGGAAAUGCAGUGCAGCCAUCUCUGGGAUUUGGGGUGUCCAGGCUUCUAGGGAAGAAAUAGAUGACUCCUGACCUUUAAAAAAAUGGUUAGUUUGACAGUACAGGAAGCCAGGACCUAAUUCUCAGUCCCAGCCUCAGGGACUUGUGUGUGUGGAGACCUCCACCCUCCCUCAGCUGCAGUGUAAAGGGAAGGGUGAUGGUGAGGUUUCUAGCAACAGAUUUCCAUGUAAACGUUCAUAAGCCAGGCAUGCUCAAAGUCUCAUGUGUCUUCAAUCACAUACUCUGGAACCUUAGGUUGAGUUGAGAUACUUACAGGAAAUGACUUAGGAGGAAUGACUUAAAUCAGUUAUUGCCUUUGCUGCCAGAAUUCCAUGUCCCUUCAGCUUCUAGGUUUGGGGAAUUUUUCUUGUUCCUUGCUGAGAUUAUGGAUCUGUGCCACACAGAAUUUAUGCUGCUUUACAUUGACUAUGCAGUGGAGUUGUUGGACACCACCUUUAGUAGUCAAGCCAAAAACUAAGAUUCUAAAAAGAAUACCAUUCACUGAAAUAUAUCCUAUUGCAUUGGCUACAUUCAAACGUGUUGUUUCACUGGCAGAACAAAGUUGCACUGCUUUAAAAACAAACAAAAAAAACACCUGAAUUCCAAUGGAGCCACAUAUUUAAAAAAUAUGGGCGUUUAUUCUCAUAUCAUUUAGAAUAUCACUCAUCCGUAUUUUACCGUGGAGGGCUGUUUUAUAGUAUUUUUAGUUUUUUCCUCCCUGGUUUAUUAUAACAACUCUCGCAGAAUAACAAUAACUUGAAAUGCUGUACAUAUGUUGGUUUUCCUUGUACCUUUGCACCUUGGUAAUAUGUAAUGCAAGUUACAUUUCGUGCAGUGCUGAGACCAGUUACAUAGUAUGCCAUUGUGACUUGUUUAUUCAGGAAAUCAAAAGCCAAAUGCUUUGCAACACUUUAAGCUUUUCUAACAAAGUGCACUUUUGUUCAUGAGCUAAUGAAA